CUCUUAUAGACAGUGUGGUGGCGCAAUGUCGCGUCUACGCAGAGAAUUACAGUAUCCCGGUUGUCGGUGAUGAGUCAGAGUGCGUGGUGCUGAUGCUGCUGCCAUUUCAUCACCUUUGCAAGCGCAGCAUCCAUCCCUCCGAUCUCCCAGCGCCUGGGCCUACCUCGCUUCAGGCUCCCAGGCCAGAGAUGCGCUCGCCGACGAGCUAGAUCCGGGCUGAGCAACGCUCUCUAAGGCCUUGGUGGGGCGCCCCCUUUCGCUGCCCCAGCCCCUGGCAGAGAUCUGUCAAGCCGAGGCCAUGGAGGCCAUCUGGCUCUAUCAGUUUCGGCUCAUUGUCAUCGGCGAUUCCACAGUGGGAAAGUCCUGCCUGAUUCGCCGCUUCACCGAGGGGCGCUUCGCUCAGGUUUCCGACCCCACCGUGGGGGUAGAUUUUUUCUCCCGCUUGGUGGAAAUCGAGCCAGGAAAACGCAUCAAGCUCCAGAUCUGGGAUACAGCGGGUCAAGAGAGGUUCAGAUCCAUCACUCGUGCCUACUACAGGAAUUCAGUAGGUGGUCUUCUCUUAUUUGACAUUACCAACCGCAGGUCCUUCCAGAAUGUCCAUGAGUGGUUAGAAGAGACCAAAGUACACGUUCAGCCCUACCAAAUUGUAUUUGUUCUGGUGGGUCACAAGUGUGAUCUGGAUACACAGAGGCAAGUGACUCGCCACGAGGCAGAGAAACUGGCUGCUGCAUACGGCAUGAAGUACAUUGAGACGUCAGCCCGAGAUGCCAUUAAUGUGGAGAAAGCCUUCACAGACCUGACAAGAGACAUAUAUGAGCUGGUUAAAAGGGGCGAGAUUACAAUCCAAGAGGGUUGGGAAGGGGUGAAGAGUGGAUUUGUACCAAAUGUGGUUCACUCUUCCGAAGAGGUUAUCAAAUCAGAAAGGAGAUGUUUGUGCUAGUCAACCCUUCCAUUUUCAAAACAUGCUCUCCCACCUGAACUUAUAAGCUAUCAAAAUAAUUAGAAUCCUGAAGUGACUGAAGAGAACUCAACCUUUGGAUACCAAGUGAGCCUCCCUCCUAGGGGUGGGGCUGUGAUGGGCUCAUGUGUAGGUGGAUGGGAAUCCUGGGUGCUGUAACUGAGGGACUAACUUGCUGACAUGGACUGAAUCAGACAUUGCUUUGUGGACCAGGGUUGGAAGUGGCUGCUCCAUAUGCCCUUGGUGGAGCACAUGUUAAGGGGUUGGGGUUUGGAAAGCUAGGGUCCAGGAAAACAUACCUACAGACAGAACAACUGUUCCUUGGUAUUUCAACUCAUUCAGAGGUCAUGAACACAAAUAUGUAAAGGGAAAACAAGUAUCAUGUUGGGGACAAUUAAGAUAACUGACAAAAAAGAGUAUGCUAUCAACAUAUUCAAUGACAAUAUCAUGCUAAACAUGUGUGAUGAGUAUGGUUCAAAGACACUAAUUUGCUUCUAACAGCUCAACUAUAAAAUGAAAGAGCCAUAUGGAUCAGCUAUUUGGUAAGGUCCUUUUGAGGUCUAGCAUUCUAGUAAAAACUGUGUGAAUAUGAAAAGGGAAGGCAUUCACACUAUGUUAUUAUCACAUUUAAGAAAGUGUGCACUCUUAUGAUAGAGUUACCAAGUAUGUGAAAGAAACUGUCCCAUGGAAAAUGGUCUUGUAAGUAGAAGAAAGAAACACUGUAACCCAAAAGCCAGAUCCUUUCCCCUCCGACCAUACCUUGG